AUGCAGAGGUUGGAGGUGAUCAACUGGCAGUGGGGCUUUGGUGGAGAAGGAGAUGUCAAGAGAGGAAGGAGAGCAGGUCAAUGCAGGGGAAAACGAGUGAUUCUGCAAAAGGGUUUCUUACCAGAGCCAAGCUACCCUACCUGUGGAACCCCAGAAGGAGGAUCACCAACAGGGGAAUACCGUCAUCCUAAGCCCCAGCAGAAGCAUCCUAAAGGUGGGUCAGCCAGGAGAGAGCAUCCUUCUGUUGGAGGACCAAGACCAGCCUGCACCAAGCACAUACACCAGCCCCUCUCAGCUAGAUAAGCUCUCUGCUAAACACCUCAAACAAAAUGAGAAAUCUACUACAAAGCUGGUUCUAUUCUCUCCUCCCAAGCACACUCCCAAAAGAUCCCGUGCAGAAGAGAAAAACGUUUCACAGAGUACCCCAAAGAAAACCAAGGCAUCUCCCAGCUAGGGUAGACGUCAGACAGGGGAGAGGGUCCCACUCCCAGCCCUGUCUACCCCUCCCUCCCAUGCUGACAGCCCCAGACAGGGAUGGACCACCGCCAGCAUCAGGAGAUCCAGAGGAGGAGAGCACCAGAGGGGCAGCAUUCCUUGUUCCCCAGCCUCCCUGGGGAAGAGACCUCCAUGGAGAGUGUCACAGAGCAGCCCAGCUGUGGUGAAAAGAAACCACAACGGAGAGACACCCCUGCACCUGGCUGCCAUAAAGGUGAGAUUAACAGGACUUGUGUCACAGGGUAUGGGUCAGUUCUUAAGAGAGAUGGUAAAAUACCCUCCAAACACAGCAGUUGAUCUCAGGCUGAUCCCAGACCUGCUGCUUUUAUCAAUCAUUCCCAGGUUCUGUUACUAGAGACAGGUGAAUAUGCUCUCCAAACACAGCAGCUGAUCCCAGACCUGGUGCUAUUAUCAACCAUUCACAGCAUUGGAACAUUGAUUACCUUGUGGAGGAACGAGGCAGGGAUUACAGCUGUGUUUACAGGGCUUAUGUUAAGCUCCCCACUAUUCUCCCAGGGCUGAGAAGGGAAGGGAAUGCUUGUCUGAUCAACUAAGACUAGUACAAUGGGCAAUGAGAGAACCACAGUACAACCAGGAGAGAUUUAGAAAGUCCGAUUUAAGACAGAUUCGAAGGCACCCAGAAAACCUUAGACUACAAUAAAAUACAAGAGUAACAUAAAACCUGGGGGAAUAUGUCUCUCUUAUUUCUGACUGUGUCCCAAAUUGCACCAUAUUGCCUAUAUAGGGCAUAGGGUGCCAUUUGGGACAAAUAUGCUGGUUGUGUGAAGGGCAUGUUCUCAUGUCUCUAAUAACUGACUCUGUACCUGUGAACCUGAUUUGAUAAUAGCUGCAGGCCCCAUGAUGCCUUUGUAGGAUCAGUUUGGAUGAGCCAAUGUGUUUGAAUGGCAUGUUCACAUGUCUCUACAAACUGACCCUACACCUGUGGCCUGUCUCAUCCAUCUGUCCACCCCACAGGGAGAUGUGGAGACAGUAAAGGAGCUCCUAGACCAGGGUGCUGACCCCAACCUGAAAGACAAAGCUGGAUGGACCCCACUGGUGAGUGAAGCCUCGUCUCCCUGUCUAGACAGCAAAAUACAACCAACCAUCUACAGUACAUGUUGUUAUAGCAUGCCAGUCUUUAACUUUGUCCUGCCCGAUACAAGAGCUGUUAUACUUAAGCAUAUUGCUAAUCUAUGACUUUUGUAUUUUUUAACAACGUAACUGAAUAUCUACGGUAAAUAUUCAAGUGAAAUGUACCUUUAUUUGUAAUGUUAUCAGUGCGAGUGAUGUAGUAUUUACAUAUUAAUAUGAUACAGCAGGGAUUAUCAACUAGAUUUUUUCUUGAGCUGAUGGUUGGGGGGCCGGAACAUAAUUACAAAUCAUUUGUAGACUGCAAAUUGACCGCAAGAAGCCCAAACCGAUAUAAUAUUUCACUAAAACAUAAUCAUUUCAAACCUUGCUUACACUUGUAUACGAUCACGUCUUUCUAUUAUGCAUGGGAAUACUUGGGAACAGAUUUUCAAGAUUAAAAUCACUCGGAACUGAUGUCCUGGCGGGCCACCAGUUGGGGAACCCUGUGAUACAGUAUGUAAUAGGAAGGAUGCAAUUACCGAAGUAUGUAGUAGGCCUAUACUCACGUUUAUAAACUGGGUAGUUUGGAUACUGGUUGCUGAUUGGCUAAAACAGCAUUUAGCCGUGUGUAUGUGAGACCAUAUGCCAUGACUAUGACGUUUAGCCUUUUCACCUUGAUAUCAUUGCGGCUUUUCACCUCGAUAAAAUGGCUACAUCAACAAUAGUUCAACAUGCCAAUGUAGAAAAGAAGCGUUUAGAUGAACUUGAGAGAAAUCUAAAUGAAAAUAACACUGUGAAACAAACAAAGUGGGCACUUACCUGCUUCACUGACUGAUGGGCAGAAAAGGGGAUUCAUUGUGAGUUUGGGAAUACAACAAAAACAGAGCUGAACGUCAUUCUACAGGACUUUUAUGGUUCAGUGAGAAACAUGAAUGGCGAAGAAUAUGGGAUUAGCAGCUAUGCUGGACUCAGAGCUGGUUUGAACUGACAUAUCAACGACCCCCCCCCUCUCAGUGUGGCAUGGAAUAUACAGAAGGACGCCGAAUUCACAACAAGCAACAAUGUGUUUGUAGGCGUAAUUAAAAAGUGGAGGAAAGGGCCGUAAAAACUGCCCACCACGCAGCCAUAACUGAACACGACAUGCAGCUCAUCAAACAAUCCAAGGCUCUGGACACUGAAACACCUGAGGGUUUGGUGAACAAAAGUGUGGUUUAUUGUUCAACUUCAUUUUGGGGAAGGCGGGAAACCGUUUUCUUAAAACGGACUCAUUUAAAAUAUGUACAGACAUGGUUUCUGCAUACAUUUCAUGUACGUUUGCUAGCUAGCCUGUGGUUAUGUUGCAUAUCAACCAGUCUAGCAACACGACUUUUGUCCGGACUACUUUUUCUGGCGGAAUGUAUUUAUUAUGAAUGUAUUUAUUAAAGCAACAUUUUCAAUUUAGAUGUGUUGUUCCUGGCCUUGCUGUGUUGGCAACUGGUUUAUAAGAGCAAUAAGGGACCUCGGGGGUUAGUGGUGUAUGGCCUAUAUACCACGGCUAAGGGCUGUAUCCAGGCACUCCAAGUUGCGUUGUGACUAAGAACAACCAUUAGCCGUGGUAUAUAGGCCAUAUACCACACCCCCUCUGGCCUUAUUGCUUAAAUGUAUAAGGUAUGUAAUAACGCUCCUGUGUUUCAGCACGAGGCGUGUAACCUGGGCCACCAGGGUGUAGUGGAGCCGUUGGUUAGGAGAGGGGUGCUAUUGAACACACCAGGCAAUGAGAACGACUCUCCUCUACACGACGCUGUAAGGGUCAGACAUAUUGGCAUUGUCAAGCUACUGAUGCAGCACGGGGCGUUCUCAGAGCAUCUU